AAUCUUCCUGUCCCUGCUCCGCUCCCCUUUGAUAGACACACACGGAGACCUUUGUUUUAAAGCCGACAGUUGUGGACCAGACUGACUGCGGAUUGUAUGAAUCAAGGUCAACACAACUGAUGGGGCAGCAGGUGGUGAAUUCACCCUCAAGAGGCUCAUUUUUCACUUUUUGAAGGAGGUGACUUGAAUAGAUCACUUAAAAAAAAAAGAAAAGAAAAAAAGUCUUUCAUUUAAUGAACUGAAAAGUGGAAAGAUUCCCCCCCCUCCGACGUGCCUUAUUACCAAAUGGGCUGAAUUAAGUUUUGGACAUCCAACAGCUAGAGAGAGACGGGGGGGGGGGGAGAAAUGCCCUCAAAAAGGCUGGAUCAUAAUUUUUGGAUCUGAACUGAAAAGGAGAUUUGCUGGAAGAGAAUGGAAAAAAAAGAAAAAUCCACAAGAUUUUUGUGUCUCGGGGAAGAAACCAGACUGGCAGAUAGACUCCCUCUGAAUAAGGAGGUUCUGCUUCGGGAGCUGGCACGGGGUGUUAAGAGGAAGAGAAAAAUGACUAUUUCCCGGUGUCUCUCGAUCGCCACGGCGUUGCUCACUCUGGUGGCUCUCAAGGCCUACAUCGAAUGGACGGCUGAGCAGGAAGAACGAUACCCCACAUCCCCCGCCGCCCGUUGGCACAGCGGCUCCAUCACCCCUAUCCUGCCCUUCGAGAACGUCUCGCCGGCAUUUGUCUUCCAGCGCUUUAACGUCUCCUUGCAACAAUUCCGCCACAGCAUCCCGCGAGGAAAGGCGUACUGGAACGAUAAACAAUACAAAAAUUUCCGGGCGUUGGAAGAAGGCUCGGUGGCCAACGCUUCCUGGAAUAAAUGCCCCAACGGUGACAUGAAGGAACUGGCCACCAAGAUCAAGCAUUUCAACUCGUAUCCGGAGCUGUAUAAGAAUUUUAUUCUCUACGGGGAUUGCAGGAACUAUUCCCUCCUGAUUAACGAACUCCAUAAGUGUGCCGAUACAAAGAACGGCACCUUCCUGCUCUUGGCCAUCAAAUCCGUGCCGGGCAAUUUUGCGGCCCGCCAAGCCGUGCGGGACACUUGGGGACAGGAAGGAAAACCCGGUGGGCUGGCUGUCCGCACCGUCUUCUUACUGGGCACGGCUCAGGGGCAGUUCGGUCCCCGCCUGCAACACCUGGUCCAGUUUGAGAGUCGGACAUUUGGGGACAUCCUGAUGUGGGAUUUUGAGGACACCUUCUUCAACCUGACCCUGAAGGACUCCCUCUUCCUGCGCUGGACGCUGGAGUAUUGUCGGGACGUCCGUUUCAUUCUCAAGGGGGACGAUGACGUGUUCAUCAACACCCCGAAAGUCUUGGGGUAUCUGAGCUCGGUGGACGCCAACAAGCCCCUCUACACGGGGCAGGUGAUGUCCAACGCCUCGCCCUUCCGGGACCAACGAAAUAAGUACUAUGUGCCAGAAUCAUUUUAUGUGGGACCGUAUCCAGCUUACGCGGGAGGUGGGGGCUACAUCAUCUCCGGACCCCUAGUCCGGUUGCUCCUCCUCAUCUCUCAGCACGUGGCUUUCUACCCCAUUGACGACGUUUACACGGGGCUCUGCUUCCAAGCUCUGGGCAUCCCCCCUCAGCCCCACGCUGGCUUCAUGACCUUUGAUAUCGCCGAGAAAGACCGGAGAGACCCCUGCGUGCACAGCCAGCUGCUCCUGGUCCAUCGGCGCAGCCCCCAGCAGACCCUCCAUCUCUGGAAGCAAAUCACCAAUCCAGAUCUCCAAUGUGGAGAUGAGGCGUUGAACCCCCAGCCCGCGAAGCCUCCUGGCUUCUGAUCGAAUAGGAAACGGAUCGCGUGGAACUCUUGUGUCCUCUGGGCUGCAACGGGGAGGUGCUCAGCUCCAAAUCCCAUCGGAGUAUUUCAGAGGGGACAUCCCAACGUAGUGCACUUUUGAAGGCCAGGAGCUGGGGACGCCCCCCCCCUUUCUGAACGGCCUCUUCUUAAAUUCCUUUCUGCAGAUAGUCCGGUGGAAGGCCGAACACUGGACUUGUUCAUACCAACAGUCCAGGAGAUGCCAUUUACAGAUUUAAGAACCAUCCUUAUUUUUCCACCAGGCCGAUCGGAAAACUGUCCCAGCAUCCACUUGGCCUUACCUGAGGAUGCCAGAGCUCCAGGAUUGCUUCCCCCCAUUUGGUACCCUUCAAAUAGGCCUGCAACAGCUGGAGGCACCUUCCUCCACAUCUGGCACCACCAACUUGGGGGAGCCUGGAAGAGAAACUCCUGGCUAGCUGGCUCAAUCUUCCUGGAUUGCAGAGAGGGUGAAGUAUUGUCCGCAAGUGUUUAAUUUUUUUCCGUUGUGGCCCGAACCUUUGGGGCCAAUCCCCUCCCACAGCUGGAUUAACCAAGAAACCGAGGCAAGAAACUGAUCCUCAAUAACGAUGGAGUGUGGAAGAAAAGUGGAAAUAGGAUCCUCUGGAAUUAUCAUCAGCAGUGAUAAUAGAGAGCCGGGCUGGCCCAGUGGGUAGAAGGCAGCAUUGCAGGGUAAUUCUGCCCACUGCCAGCAGUUCGAUCCUGGCCGGCUCAGGGUUGACUCAGCCUUUCAUCCAGGUAAAAUGAGGACUCAGAGUGCUAGGAGGGCAAUAGGCUGAGACUGUAAACCACUUAGAGAGGGCUGUAAAAGCACUGUGAAGCGGUAUAUAAAUCUAAGUGCGAUUGCUGAUGGUUUAAAGAGGGCUUGUUUGUUUUGACCUGACAAAAUGGGGAGGGGGGGAUGGAUACCCCAACCUCUCCUGCUCACACUGCAACAAUGUCCUGCUGUAAUAAAAACAUGACUUGGGUACUGUCAAUCUUGGGAAGCGUUCAUUGGCGAUUUGGGGACAGGUGUUUUGGGGGAACCUUGGGCUUGAAUCUUUUGAAAGCAGCCGUCUCCAGGUAGUCCUCAACAUAUGACCACCAAAUUUACGUUGCUAAGUGAGACAUUGGUUCAGCGAGCUUCGCCUCCUUUUACGACUUGUCUUGCCCCAGGUGUUAAGUGAAUCAAGGCAAGUGUUAAGUUAGUAGCAGGGAAGCUCGCAAAAGGGGAUCACGUGACCCUGGGACCCGGCAACUGUCGUUAAGUACAAGUCAGUUGCCAAGCAUCUCAGUUUUGAUCGCGCGACCAUGGAGAUGCUGCAGUGGUUCCCAAGUAUGAAACAGGGUCCGUUUUCUCAGUGCCCAUUGUAACUUUGAACGGUCCCUGAAUGAACCGUUGUAAGUUGAGGACGACCUAUAUUUCCCCCAGAGCAUCUUUAGUAAAAGCUGUGAUUUUUUUUUUUUUUUGCAAGGAGGCAGCCAGGAAAACUAUGCCAACACACACAGACACACAGGCACGCCACAUGCUGGGGAAGAACAUUCUGCUACGUCGCGGGGCAGAUGGUGCCCCUCAACAGGUAUUCACACAAAAGCGCCGUUGGCCAGAAAAAUAUUUAUUGAUUUCCCAACUUGCCCCAUAUGUGCGAUUAGAUGGGCUGGCAUCAACCCAUUCUUCCCUUAACCCCCCACAAUGAUCGUUAUUUUCAGUUGUAACAGCUUUGGAGUAAGACCAACAGAACAGCUUGAAUUCCACUUAGGAAGGUGCUGGGGGAAAAAAAAAUGCACCAAACAUCCCCAAAGAGACGUUCGAACACGGAUCCCUGUUUCUCGUUCUCACGUCCCCAAACGUAUUGUCCCCACCCUGUGCACAAUUUGCCCGCCUUCCCUCUUGCUCAAAGUCAUUUCCCUUCCAAAGAAAAUCCAUAGACAUUAAUCCUUGGCAACCGUUUUCUAGGAAUGACGCCCCUUGUAGUGUUUGGAUAAAUCAGCUGGCGCCACAUUCGAGGCUGCUGAAUCUCCAUGCUCGGCAAAGAAAUAAUUUGUCACGUCUUCUUUCCACGGUGGGCUUCUUGGAAAACACGGGAGGGGGGGGUAGGGGCACCUCACUUCAAGCCUUCAGCCCCGUCUACGGAUUUUUCCUAAAGAAAUGUUUCCCUCCAGACAGCAAUCUGACAAAUUUAAACCCUGCCACAGCAGGAUGCUAAGGUGACAUGGAUUGGCUUGUUGAAUUCGGCCUGGAGAGCAAGGAAGGUGAACGCGUUAAAAACCUAGGAAAGCUGGGAGAUAGUUCUGUGCUUUUGAGGAAGCUUAUUGGCAGCUUUUCCACCUUUUUGUGCAAUAAUAAUAAUAAUAAUAACUCUAGUGAGGCUCCUAAAUCCUUUGAAUGUCGCUUUUUGAGGCUCGGUCUUCACCACCCCCCCUCCUGUAAAAACCCCUACCCACAACUACUACUGCUGUUAGACCCUCUGACUCUUGCUACAAGGAGUAGCUACAAGGAAGAAGCCCCCCUUGGCUUUACAAACUGGGGGAAAGUGAUUUUUUCUUAAAGGCCCAUGAAGAUAGAUUUGGAAAGUUGGAGGGACAAUUAAAAAUUGACGGCUAGGGUGACGAGGGCCUGUGUGAAUCAUAAAAGGUGAAUAUGUUGCUCAAGAAACGGGGUGCCAGGCAGGGCCCUAAUAUCCAACUGUGCAUUUGACCCCAAACAGUGCAAGCCCAGAGCAAUAUUUUCCAAGAACCUAGAAGGGCAAACGGAGAGGAAGUGUCACUUGAUCCAGAAACCAAAUUGAAGGCGAAAUCUUCAAAUAUCAAAAGCAGGCCAAAAGGAACCCCAGUUCUAAAUUAAAUGCUUGACCGUGUUAGCUCGUGAUAGUCAAGAGAGAAUCCACCGGGCCCCAGGCAUUUACAGAAAUGUACCUAGCAAGGCAUUAAACCUCCUUUGAACUCUCCCAGGAAGUGGGGUCCCCAAUCCCCACUUCAGUCUCUUGCCACAGGCUGACCAAGCCCCGUUGGGUGGCGGGGGGAAGCUCUCUCUUCUUUUGGGCUGGCCUUUAAAAAAAAAAAAAAAAA